UCUGCCAAUGAGAGGCGGCGACAGUGCCGCCCGUUGUAAGCUGCAUAGGCGGCAGCAGCAGCAGCAGCAGUAUUAGGAGUAGCAGCCGAAGGAGCAGCAGCAGCAACGGCGGAAGAUGGCCGAGUCCCCGGAAGAGGUGGCGGUGCUGGUGCAGCGGGUGGUGAAGGACAUCAACAACGCCUUCAAGCGCAACCCGCACAUAGAUGAAAUUGGAUUAAUUCCCUGUCCUGAAGCCAGAUAUAACCGGAGCCCAAUAGUCCUAGUAGAAAACAAACUUGGCGUCGAAAGCUGGUGUGUCAAGUUUCUUCUGCCAUAUGUCCACAACAAACUCCUUCACUAUAGACAAAGGAAACAAUGGCUCAAUAAAGAAGAGCUGAUAGAUAUCACCUGCACAUUGCUGCUCUUGAACCCAGACUUCACUACUGCGUGGAAUGUAAGGAAAGAAUUAAUAUUAUCUGGCACUUUAAACCCAGUUAAAGAUUUACAUCUUGGGAAACUGGCACUAACUAAGUUUCCAAAAAGUCCAGAAACAUGGAUUCACAGACGAUGGGUGCUGCAACAACUAAUUCAGGAAAACUCCUUGCCCACUCUUGUGACUAAAGGGAAUGUGGAAAUAGCACCCACGGAAAGAGUACAGCGCUUAGUGAAAGAAGAAAUGGAUGUUUGCUGUGAAGCUGCUGGGAGAUAUCCAAGUAAUUAUAAUGCCUGGUCUCAUCGCAUCUGGGUUUUACAGAACUUGGCAAAGCUCAGUACCAAGAUUCUUCUUGAUGAACUUUCUUCCACUAAACAUUGGGUCUCCAUGCAUGUUUCAGACCAUAGUGGAUUCCACUACCGCCAGUUUUUAUUAAAGUCAUUAAUUUGUAGAACUGGGACUGACUGUAGCGUGCAAUUGCACAACCAGCCAGCCAAUCCGCAAGUACCCAGUGUUCCAAAAGAGGAAGAAAACACUGAUGCAGAAGCUGCCUGUGUGGAAGAACAGCAGUCAGAUCACCCGCUUCUUCUAAAGGAAGAAGUAGAGCUCUGUACAGAUUUGAUUAAUACUUUCCCAGGCCAUGAAACCCUUUGGUGUCACAGACGGCAUGUAUUCUGGCUCCAUCACCACUUGAAGAACAAGUUUCCACUCCCAAGCCUCUGGUCAACAUCAGCAGACAGUAGGGAUGGGACACUGAAUAACUUACAUCCUGAUGGUGCCCUUGGAUGUCAUGUGACUCAAGACAUGGAUGUUGAUGGCUUGAUUGAAGCCAACCGACAAGGCUACACUCAAGAAACUAAACGCCUGAAGCGUGCGCCUAUGCAGGACUUUGUCAGUCYAGAAGCAGAAUAUAGGUUCAUUGACCACAUUUUAGCAACGUGUAGAGAGGUAGAGCAGGCAAGGUUUGCUAAYGCAUACAGAAAAUGGUUGGUUUCRUUUCUAGGUCAAUGAAGGCAGAAAUAUAAAGGAAAAAAAAACUGCAGGGUCCCCUGUUUAGUGCAAUAUUCUCUUUUCUUGCACAGGUGCACAUCUUUGGCCCCUGGCACUUUUCCUCCCUUCAUUGUUUUUUUAUCAGUUCUAAAUUUCAUUUGCCAGCAAUGGCUUAGUUUAACUUAAUUUGUAGAUGCACCCUGGUGUUAAGCGUUUGAAAGUUUUAGAAAAUUUAGUAUCUUUAGGGGGUAGCUUGCUAUCACACUGAAUUCUAAUACAAACUAUUUCCCUCUUAAAUUAAGAUAAAUAGAACCUUUCAAGUAGAGACAAUGCAAUGGUAAUGCCAGUAAAAUGAAGUUUUGGGUCUACUAGUAGAAAAUGAAUUCAUUUCUUCAUUUCUCUCACAUUAGAAGUGCACCGAAUCAAAGGCAUUGGCCAUUAAAGGCAAUGGAUAAUCAUCAAAAAUAUCUGCAUAGGCAAGAGUCUGGCCAGAUUGGUUUUAAGUACUUUUUUUUUUUAAUGGUUACAUUGCUUGUCUUGCACCAUUGUAAAUGACUAGGAUGCCAUCAGCUAAUUGUUCAGUUCAUGUUUUAAACCGCUGUAACAACAGUGCUAGGUUUAUAUUUUUAUUUUAGUACCAGUUCUAAUAGCCUUGAAUUUUACUGUGACAUUGUACAGCAGUCAUGAGAAAAAUCCCUCUUUAUUGUCAAUCUCCUUAUCUCUCUCACACAUAUACCUAUAGCUGCUCCUACAUUUGCAGGUAUAUUUAUUAAAGUUUUUCCAUGCAUGUCACAUUUUUCUUUAUUUUUUAUUUAUUUAAGCUAUUAUUCAUGAUGUAUGUUUCACGGUAUAUUACAAACACUACAGAGUUAUCCAGAGCCCCCAAUCUGAGGUAAGGCUUAAAAACACUAGAAAUAUAGACAAUGAAAAGAAUUAAAGUUACUUCUGUACAUGUUUGUAAAUGUUUAAACAGCAGCAACUUUUUUUCCUCUGUAAUGCUCUGCUCUGAAAAGUACUGUUCCCUUCAUUCUCCUUGUAAUAACUUUUUCCUAUUAUUUAUACAUCCAUCAAAAGUACACUGAGAUGGAGAGGCAAUUAAUUUUCUUGUUGUCAACCUGUUUUUUUCCUUAUUGCUGUGUUAACAGUACAAUGAGGUAUGAUUGAUCUGUUCUGUUAUUUCGUUAAUGCCGACCUACAUUUGAGAUUCCAAAAUUUUUGCUGUAGGUACCAUGAUAAAAGUAUGAAUACACCCUGCCACUAUACACUACUCCAGUGGCAACACCUAAGGCUAAAGUGUAUAUGAACAAGGAUCCACAUUUAGUUUAGUCAAAGUAGUAGCUUUGUUAACUUCUGGUGGGAAUCUGUGCAUACUCAAGUCAGCAGGGAAGCUAUUGCGUGGCUGAAGAUUCAGUGCCUAAGGAUCUGUCAAGCAGUAUAGAGGAAAACUGCUAAUUAUACAGCCACAGAGACUUGCAGUUUGAAAAGCCAUGUAUCAAAUUCUCCUUGCCUGAAAAAUAUAGCACACACUUUUUAUAAAAGAAGUACUCACUUUGAUGGGUUUCUCCCACAACUCAUGAGCUGCACAGAUUCUGAUGCUGAUUAUAUAUUUCCAAUCACAAUUGUAUCUCUUUUCUUUGCAUGGCAAUGAACGAUGCAUAGAUCUAGGGAAGAAAGUCUUAAUACCACAAAUGUGGACAGUAUGUGAAGACUGACUCCAUGGCCUGGUGGUGUAGUGACAAAUUAAUGUACCAAAGGAAGAAGGGUCAUGGUUCCUCUAAUUGGCACAAAACUAGAGUUUGUUGGUAAGAUAAGGAGACACAAAACAUCCCUAUCCACCAAGGUAUAUUCAUUUAAAAUUACCCCAGUCAAAGUGUCUGUUGGAAUGUGUCUCUUGUAGUGUUCACUUCCCAAAAGGUGUGAAACUUCAGAUGUUUGUUAAUUUAAUGCCUACUGUAAUUUUACUAACAGUAUGCAUGUCACUCGCCAGUGCAGCUAGCUAUGUCACAGUGCCAUCUUAGAGACUUCUUCACUUAAAAUACAAUCUGCUCAGCAUUGGGGUUGGUGCAUCCACUACUCAUGGCACAAAAAUAAUCUCAUGAUCUUUAAAUGAUAUUAUAAUUGUUAUACAAUAUAAUAACACAAUAUAAUAAUUGUAUAUCAUAUGUUACAUGUGAUAUUACUAAUAAAUGCAGUAUAAUGGCAUAGUACAAUGGAGUAAUAUAUAAUACUAAUAUUGUGCUAUGCUAAUAGUAUAAUAUAUUGUAUGUUCAUAUAAUAUUGAUCAUAGUAUUGUAAUACAAUAUAAUACUAAUAAUAUAAUAUAAUAAUUAUCUAUGAUACAUUGUAUGUAAUGUUACUAAUGAUAUUGCAAUAUAGUGCUGUAGUACAAUAUACAGUGUUCCCUGACUUAUUGCAGGUGUUACGUUCCGGGACCACCUGUGAAAAGUGAAAAUCCGCAUUCAGAGGGUGAGGCAGAAGCGAGGAGAGAUUUAAAGGCACUGCACGCCUCUUUUUUUUGCUAGCUAUAAGGAAGGGGCUAUAAGGAUGUCAUUUACAUACUGCUUUGUAUCUCCUCUCUCUCUCUCUCUCUCUCUCUCUCUUAAUGUUUGGCUGCCUCUCUCCCGAGGGGGAAGAUGAAAGCCCUUUCCACACUCCAUCAUUACCAGGAGGCAAAAACCCGUGAAACAGCGAGUCUCUGAAAAGCGAACCACAAAGAAGCGAGGGAACACUGUAGUAAUAUAUAAUUCUAAUAUUGUGGAAUGCUAAUGAGAUAAUAUAUUGUAUGUACAUAAAACUUGUAAGCUCUCUGAGUCCCCUUCAGGGUGAGAGAGGGUGGGGUAUAAAUUUAGUAAAUACAUAACAAAUAAAUAAGUAGAGAAUGUGCGAUGACAGCUAGUGGAUGGGCAACAGUAGCUCAAUUUUUGCCUAGUUUUUCCUGUUCUUUGACUUUAUCCACAUAGAUAUAUGUGGAGGUGAAACGUGGAUGCAAUAAGCAAAGUGGGCAGGCAAUUCCCUCUUUGCUUGAGCUGGAUUGAUUUUAUGAAGGCUUUCAAAGAAAAUAGUAAAACGUGACUUGAAAUCCAUGCUUCCUUUCUUUUUGAUUUUUAAGCUGAAGUCACAGAUAGGUUCCCUGGAUCUAUAUAUAAAUACAUAUAACCCUGCUUAUUAAAUGUGACAGUCCUUCCAUUACUGUACACAUAAGGUUGAACUCUACCCUCAAAUAUGCAUCUGUACCUCCCACUGAUGAGAACAGGGAUUGUGUAUUCUGAAAUGGAGACAGAUCUCCAAGUCUUGGAAUUAAAUAGCAAAAUAGCUCUGGAUGUUUCACUUGCCUUUGUUAUUUGUGAAAUAUAAGGAAGGGUCUUAAAGGCUUUAAAGGGAUAUAAACAAAAUUGGGAUGGCUGGCUUCUUACAAUCUUUUUAAGAUUCAUGCAGAUUAGUGAUUAAUGUUCCCAAGGAAACAAAAAAAAAACCCCAAAAGAAAUGAAAUCAUCUCCUGUCUUCUGUUGCUGGAAUCUUACAGUGUUUGUGGCCUUAAAAAGCUAAAGUACAAUUCCAAAGCAAAAUCAGAAUUAGAUUUACAAACAAGGUUUGUAGGAAAGAAAAGGUAACAUCUAUUUUAAAAUCUAAUGAACUAUAAACCGACAAUCGAAUUACGUGUUUUUAAGAUUCAUCUCGAUCGCCAUAUUUUAAAAGCUGUGCAAUCUCUCCCAAGUAAUCUUUUUUCUAAUGUGAAAGUUUGUGGCAUUGGAGAACUGCGAAUUUAUGAGUUGUGAACACUUAGCUUUAAUUUUAGUGAUUUCUUUGAAGUCCAGUAAGAAGGCUGGGUAUAUAAGAAGUCACAUUUCUUGAGCUGUGCCUCUGGGCAUUGCUGAUUACCAUACAUUAAAAGUCACCUAGUGCAGCUCUGCGGUGGUAAGUAGCAGCGUACUGAGCCUUUAGGAUGUCAGAGGUGAAGAUAUUCAAACUUAAUAAUUGAACCAGGCCAUUAUUGGAGAACAGCUGACUACUCAUUCAUCAGGAAGCACGUGCUCACAGUCCUUUGAAUGAAUACACAUACUUUAUUGAAACACAGAUACCGUGUGUGUGUGCGUGUGUGUGGUGAAAAUUCAGUGGGUGUUGGGUCUCCCCUUUUUGCACUCUACUAUCUGUGAGCAAGUACACGCACGCACGCACAUACUGGUGCCUGUACACUUGAUAGUGUCUUAUGGUGGUAUCUUUUCAAGCAAAUAAGAAUUGCAGAUGCAUUUGGGUAUUAUAUACCUUAUGAGAAACCAAUUUAAGAGAAUUCAACGAUGAAGUCAACUAUGAUUAAACAACCAUUAAAAUACUGCAUAAUGUUAGCUGCAGCAAUCUGCACAUAACUGACAACUGUUGAAUCAUUAAUUGACUCUUCAUCUCACACAGAGACAAAACUGGCUUUAUGUACAUGAAACCUCCUGCAACCCAAUUACUUAUUACAUAACUGUAGAAGCCUUUUACUUGAGGUUUUAACACAACAUUAAGGCUUUCCAUGGCAGUGUUUGCACUGUGGUGGAGCCUAUAUUAAACCAUGUUAAUGGUUUUCUCUUUGUUUUGUUUCUAAUUCUGUAUUCUGUGUGGUUAUGUUUUUCUGGGAGACAAACAUGUUUGACUUUAUGGAAAGAAAUGUGUAUUUAAGUGACUUUCCCACCACUUAGGUGAGCUUUCCUGGUAAGAGUUCUUACAACAUAAGGAAAACUUUCUAAGAUGUUGCUCUUUGAAAUAUCCCUUCCCUUCAACCACCAUCCUCGCCAAUGUUUGAGGAUACUGUGAAGCUGAUCCUCAGUACAGUACGACUCUGUAUCCAAAGAUCCCCUGUGGAUACCUGAAACCUUGGAUAAUAGCGAGCCCUCUAUUUUGACUAAACUUGGGCAGAAGGCAUACUGCAGAAUCAUAUCAGAGGACCUGGAGAGGCCCUCAAAUAUUUGAGGGUGGGUGUUCUUUGGAAAAUGGGUAAUUGAAACUCUGGGCAUCAAAUUCAUGGAUAAAGGGGUCGCACUGUAUUCUCUGAUAAGGGGUAGCAAGUGACAGGCAAGGUGAGUAGAGUAGAUCAUUCACCAAGGCUGCAGUCAGCUAAAUCUGCUUUACUCUUUGGAGUUGUUCUCCCUUUGCUUUAAGUAAGCUUGAGGCAGUAGACUGAAAAUCUUUUCACUUUGUUAGCAAAACAGCCUAGAGUAAGGUAUGGUGAUUUGGAUUUUAGUUCAGUCCAAAUAAAAGUAGUCAGCACCCGUAGAAGUCACUUAUCUGUGUUACAGCAAUUGGGAGAAUGUUUAUACUUUAUUGUCAAAUGAAUUUUUAAAGAUGUUUUCUUUUAAUAUGUAAGAUCUAAAUAAUUGACAUUUGAAUAAUCUACAUAUUUUUGGAUUAUUAGUUGUAUUGUUGGCUUUUUGUAGCAUUUAUGUUUAAGAGGAAACCAUAGUGGUAUUGUGAUUAUUGGUUCACUAUUAUACCUCAGUUUUUUUUCUAUUUUGAACUUUUUUUUACUCUUGCUCACACUCUCAGUAAUUGUAUCAUAUGAUUAAAAUAUUAACUGUAUAAUAUGGUCAACUCUUGCAGUCCACCCUUUUUUUUUUUUUGAAGUAAUUCAGUUUAUAACUGUUGUAAGUGAAUAAAGUUGGCCACCAAUAUCAGGGAAUAGCAACUAGUGUAGCCAAAUCUAAUAAGUACAUUUUAAAGGUGGUUUCUGUGGCUCCCGGUGAGAAUAUUGUCAUUUUCGGAUUACAAAAACGUUCUUUUUACCCCACUUCCAAACUGUAAUGCUUUUCGUAGAAUACACAAGUGAACCUGAGUUUUAGCAUUAGCUUCUGUAAUACUGAAAAUUAGCUGUCCUUUUAUAUUUGCUCUAGACAUCUCAAGCUCAACCAACUGAAAGAUUGAUGUGACUUUUGAAAGCACCUUGGACAUGUUCUUCUCCACUGACAACUAUUCUGUGAAAAAUUAAAUACUUUUGAUAUUAAAUGCAACAUGUGGAGAAUGGGGAGAUCACUGUUUGAAGCAUGUAUUAAAUUCAGCUAUUGGUGUAAUACAAAUCCAGGGCACAUUAAUGGACAUUUUCUCCCUGUGUCAUUGUGCUUUAUGUGUGGUGUCCUAAAUAGUUUUCUCUCUGAGGAGUAUAGUCCCCAAAACUGAGGUGGCUUCAGGCAAACCUGCUUGUAUGAGCCUUAAACUAGGGUGUUUGGAGAGCAAGAAAUGCAUCAAUUUAGACCAUAAAAUUUCUUAAAUAGUUUUUGGUUCUUUGCCAAGUUUGAUAGUUUUCCAGUUCUUAGACCUCAUUCUACUAUUUCCGCAAACCAAGCGCUGUACUAUUGUCAGAUGAAGGAGCUAGGCACAUGCAUUGUGCGUUCAAUAUAUAUCAAAGUCAUGGGUGGAAAUUCUGACUCUUCCCUGUGACUCCUAGUUUGUAGUGCUACUUUACUCAGGGCAUAGAUUCACUCUAGUGCAUUAGAUUUUUUUAAAAAAGGAAAACUACUAUAGAGUCUAUGGUAUUUAAGUGCUUAAUAUGCUGAACGCAUAACUGGUGUCUUUAGCCAUCUAACCAAUGUAACCAGCUAACAGCUUAAAAAAAACUUGCCUUUUCUGCUAUUUUUGCAUACCUACAAGUUGUUUUGUAUCUUAAAAUAAUUGCAGGCUUCAUAUUGUAGGUUGUACUAACUAACCUCUUUGCAGGUAGGAGGGAUUAGAAAUUAUGUCAUAUUUAACAGCAUGAAUUCAUAAAUUCUACUGCUGCUCUACUUGACAAAUUUUAACACCUAAACUACAACAGCUUUCCAGGUACCAAAAAUCAUGUAUAGGUUGAUUUGGAACGGAAAAAGAGGCAUUUAUCUUCUAAAUGAAACAAUAUUCUGCGAUUCAUGCAAUCAUUCCUGUUUGGGACAUGUUUAUUAAUAUGUCAUGGUCCACCAAAAUUAAUAAAUAUACAGCAGCCUUAUGUAUGUUUGUUCUGAAGUAAGCGGCAUUGAGUUGGGUGGGCUUACUCCCAAGCAAGGGCACAUAGAAUUAUAGUUUACGCUCUGCUCAUUUAAGGCAUGUUAUUAUCUUGCUAUCUGGUAAUAAGUCUUUAACUGAGAAAUUAGAUUGUAGCCCAGAAUAGUUAAGUAUCUCCAAAUGACAACUAUAAUUCGUAGAUCGAAUGCUAAUAUUGUGAUGACAUAAGAAUUGCUUAAAAUUGGAUGUAACAAAUACCAAAAUGUUUCAAGAUGCAUGGCAACAGCACUUGGUGGAUUGUAGGCAUAUACAUAUUUAACUAUGGCCAAGUACCCUUGCAUAUAUUUAGAUGGAUAUGUUAUUAGAUAUAACCAGGAACAAAAUGCAGAUUACAUAAGUGAUGUUGACAGUUAUUUCUCCAAAGCAUGUUCAUACACGAUAUUCUAAUUUUUGUUCUCAUGUUUUCUUUGUGGGGGCAAGGGCACCUGUUUCUUGUCAAAGGGAUAAAUCCAGUGUUCUGCAGGUAUUUCUUCCUCUACAAUAUUCUGUACAAUUCUAAAAGUUGCUCUGGAUAGUUUCCAUCCAGUAUGGGCAACACAUAGGAAACUGGAGUACAGAGGGCCUUUUCCCAGACCAGUUAGAAUUUGUCUUCCAUUGUUUCCAACCAAAUUAUUCAUUGCUUACAAAUGCUAUCCCCCUCCCCCAGUCAUGCAGUUGUUUCAGUGUUGGACUAGGACUCUGGAGACUGGUGUUCAAACACUACUUGGCCGCAGAAACCCAUUGGGUUAUAUUGGGCAGGGUACAUUCUCUUAGCCUUAUAGGACGAAUAAGACAAACCUCCUGUGGGCAAAUCUUUCCAAGAAAACUCUGUCAUAGUUGGCUUUAGGGCCAACAUAGGUCAGAAAUGACUUGGAAGGUACUCUACAGCACAUGAGGAUAUAAUAUGGGCAAUUAGUUUUUAUGGUUAGGACCAAUUCACAUGAUAGUACUGCUCAUACUUGACUACUUUUUUCUUGCUCAUCAUUACACUGAAAUAGUGAUUGGGUAGUUGGGAUAGUUGAGUAAGAAUAGAAUCUGCCAUUUUUGCAAAAUAGUCAUCAUUUGUAAUAGGAUGCACAAUUGCAGCUUCUGUUACUGACAGUCAGAUCUUAUUGUGCAUAGUGCAAUUGGGGAAAUGAAAGAAGCACUUGAUUAUAUGCCAUUCUCAACCUCUCUUCACCUCUCUCUCUCUCUUUUCCUCUCUGUUGUAUUUUUUCCCCUAUAGAAUGUCUUUUUGGAAUAGUUGUUGAAGAGCUAUCAGGUUAUUUUCUUUUUCAAACAAUUGCACAAUUCACUACUUUAAAAAGGACCAGGGAUUUUGAGUCCUUUAAAAUAUAUGUACAGGCAGUCCCCGAGUUACAACUUAUAGUUAAGACUGGAGGUGAGACAACAGGAAGUGACAGAGUGAGAGAAAUCUGCCCCUCGGAAGGGAAAUGCACUCCUGGAAGAGUUAUCAUGGGGAAAAGGUUUAAACUUUCUUACCAAUCCUGGUUUCAACAAAAUGCCAAAAUUUUCAAAAUCCAAUUGGGACAGAAAGUGAAGUGAAAUCUUGUGAACAGGGACACAGACAUCAAAACAAACGCCACAGGUGUGUUAGCCCUUCCCUAUGCUAUCCAAAGAUAGACAGACAGACAGAUAGAUAGAUAUGGCUGGAGUUAUACUUAAAAAUGUAGCUGUUCUGACUUACAAACAAAUUCAACUUAAGAACAAACCUACAGAACGUAUCUUCUUCAUAACUUGGUGUCUGCCUAUAUACCAAUUACAUUCAGUUCCACAGUCCUGCCCCCAUUGGAACUGGUGAAUGCUUGCAGAAACAAUGUGUGAAUAUGGGAAACUCCUUCAUAGGUGGAUCUGUUACUGAUGUAAAAAUACCAUAGGGUUACCACUGAUCUCAAUACUAAAUGGAGUGAUAUGUAGGGGCUAGAGUGGAUAGUGCUAUAUUUACCCAAAUGCUGUUUUUAUGCUACUGUAUUGCUGAACACAAAUGGUUCACAUGGAUACAUAGCUAAAUAAUAGACAGUCUGCUUUUCUACAGAUGUUGAAUUGCUUUUAUUUCACCAUAUUCAAAAUCCAAGGUGCAGAACUGGGUGCAAUAAAAUGCAUACUUCCACACCAACUCCCUCACUUGUGUAUAUUGCUGCUAUGAUUUAAAUUUAAUGUAGCUACAUAAAGUCCUUCUGUAAGUGUACUGUAAAACUAAGUAGGAAUACAUAUUCUCUUCCAUUUGUUCUCAGUUAAUCCUACUCCUUUGGUAUCGGUAGAACAAUCAUUCUGAUGCUGAGCCUUGUGAUUUUCUUAAAUGCUCUUCUGUAUGUGUCUGCAGAGGAGUGGAAACUUUGUCCUGCUUAAAAUGUUGACAUAGGGUUUUUUGCCAUCAGCAAAAUGGACAAUAACAGUAUCUGAGUCUUGCCCACAAAAUUGUACUUUGGUUCUUUCUCAACUAUUUUGUACUCAUAAUAAAUUAUAUCUUACCUAAUGCUAGUAAUAUACAAUUGCAUUACAGACUGGUUCUGCAGUUCUCUCCACCCCUAUGCAGAUGUCCUCCAGACUUAAAAGAGUAAAAUUGCAGUUGUAACAGUAGCCGCAAACAACAAAAUGAAUUUUCCACUUAUUUAUCAGUACAUCUGGGGUUUUGUGUGUUUCUGUUUAUAUAUAAUGUUCUAAUGACAGAAUAUACUAAGCACAGUGAUAAGUUAUUGUUAUUUAUGUCUAAAAUGAAAAAUAGUGUACUUUUUUGGCUAAAUGUUGGCAGUUUUUAAAUAAAAAAUUCUUCUCCUAAAA